AUGGCCACAUCUUCCAUCCACGAGAUAGACGUUGGGAGAUGCACACGUCUACUAAAAUCUCUGAAAGCUGAGAUAAACAAUUUUAAGAACGGUGUCAGCCAUCCGCCGCCAGCUGAUGAUCCUAUCUACACGCCACCAUCUAUAGAAGGCUUAGAGAUAUUAAAUCACACAUUCACUAUCAUUUCACAAUCUAGCAGAGAUGACAAUCAAUUCAUAUCUGCACUCACUGACGUCAAGAAAUCACUCCCGAAGCCUUCUAGCGAUGCCCAUGUUAUCGAUUUUGGGAGGGUUUAUCUACAGCCAGCUGGUUUAUACAAAGGAAAAGAUCAAAUGCCAGCUCGUGUACGUGUGGCUGGUAAAUUCAAGGACGCUUCCGAAGGUUUCAUUGCAUCGUUGCCCACUCAGAUAGACGACGACGAGAAAGACUGGCUGAAAGCGAACGGUUUUGGUUAUAUAAAGAGUGAUGAGGAGUCUAGCAUUGUUAGGAGGGUAAAUGGAUGGGUCAACGCCACAGUCGCACUCAGCACGCUCAGCCAGAGCCAAUCCGUAGCAGAUGUCGUAGCUAGUGCACGUUUAAUUACUACACCCGCACCAUCGAACUCCAUAGACAACGUUGACUUCCAAGUAGUUGUCACUAUUAAAGUCUUCCUCAAACAGAAGCUCCUUGAACAAUCACCCAACGAUUCUCUGCGGCUGCUACUCAUGCGCUAUAGUCCUCCACCUCAGCCUUCACCGAACACGCCUAUACGGCUCUCGACGCAGUACUUCUACUCCAUACUCAAACCUGCAAACACACCACCGAAUAGUGUACACACAAAGGCUCUCAGAACCCCUCUAAAACAGUUCCAGCGUAAAUCAAUAGCAUUUAUGCAAAAUAGAGAAGACAACCCAGACGACAUCCCUGAACCUGGUUGGAUGAGACUGACAGAUUAUUGGUUAUACAACGCGAUCUCCGGCCGCCUAAUUGAGGGCACACAACCCCCAAAUACAUCUCUUAAGGGUAGUAUGUUAUGUGAAGAGAUGGGUUUAGGAAAGACCGUGGAAAUCCUUGCUUUGGUUGCAAAGAAUGCAGGAAGAGCAAAAGAGUGGUCCAAGUCACAGUCAAGCAACUACCAAAGGAGUGUGAGAACUUCACUGAUUGUCACCCCCGAUCAUUUGCUACAACAAUGGAUAGAUGAGGCUAGAGAUCAUACGCCUGGUCUCAGGCUGUUAGUGUACCAUGGCUACAAGCACAUGGACACUCUCCUCACAGCAGCAAAAGCUGCUAAUAUUGCAUCAAGAUUGGUUGGAGGUGGAGGUGCCAUGUCACCAUCACCCUCACGAUCGCAGUCACCUCCACUACCUCCACCACCUCCACCGAAGGGCGAGGAACAGAAGGUGGCUCAACCGACAAAAUCUAAAGCUAGGAAAAAGGAUGACGACGAUUUUGUGCCACAAUUUUCAGAACAUCAAUUGGAGCUAUUCAACUCUACUGGUUCUAGAGCUCAGCGUGAUUUUCUUGCAGAUGGAACGCGUGUUGAGCGCAAGACCGUCACUGGUGCCACCAAACGUAAAGCUCCGAGACAUACUUUCGAUAAAUUUAAGGAAUUGAAAGAAUGCAAGCAUCACGCACUUGACUUUAUCGAUGACAUAGAGGGUUUGUUUAGCUUUAUGGACAAUCAUGACGAUUUUGAUUAUGAAACCAAAAGUGUGUUAACAAAUCGUCAAAUCGUUCAGGAUUUCUUCGAUGAAUUUGACUUAAUUAUUAGUACAUACAGCACACUUUCGAAGGAUCUUGCAGUCGCUCACGAACGUCAACCACGAGCUCGUAGGAGUGGCGUUGAGUAUAGGAACGAUUAUAUUCCAAUGUCACCUCUAGUUUCAUGUAAAUUCUACAGAGUAGCUCAAGACGAAAUACAGUUAUCUGGUGUGAAAAAGUCAGCUGAUAUGACGGCACUUAUUCCACGUCAGACAUCGGUAGCUUGCUCUGGCACUCCUAUCACAGGCUCAAUUGAACAAUUGCUUCCUAUUUUACAGUAUCUAGGAUUACAUGUCGAUGGUCGCCUUAUUGACAAGAAGUCGUUUGCAUCAUUUGCGACACAUGGCUUAUCCCGCGAUUUCGCUCGAUUGAUUCAGAGUAUAUGUAUUCGUACCACGAAAGAUCAUGUCAAGCGACAACUGCAGAUUCCACCUUUGAGGCGCUACAUAGUUCCUCUCCACAUGGGUGCAGCUGAACAGGCCUAUAUCGAUGAACAGUAUAAACAAGCGCUCAGCGAAAUAGGCUUAACCGAACGUGGUGAUUUCUUGGAUAGAUCUGUAACAUCUGUCGACAUAACAAAACUCAGAACGUGGAUAACAAAGCUGAGACAGCUCACGACUCACCCACAAACCAGCUCAGCUACAAGGGAGGGCAUGGGUAAAACAUUUAGAACGGUUGACCAAGUCCUCGAGAGGAUGAUCGAGGCUUCUUCAUCACAUAUCGUAACAGAGCAAAGAUCGGCGCUCACAUCAACUGUCAGGAUUGCGCGAUUGAAACUACUCAUGACACCACCAGAACGUGACGAAGCAAAGGCUCUAUUAAGAAGGACCGUCGAUGAGGCAGUCACUGUGCUUGCUAGCACACAGGCGCAAGUUGACGAGCACCGGAUCAGAAAACCAAAAAACGUUAUCGAAGAUGUCGUAGCGCAUACGGGUGCAGUUGUCGCGAUUAGAGAGAAGUCAGACGACAUUGCAGAGACAGCUGAAGAAGCUCAAGCAAGAAGGGACUGGCAGUCUCAUUUGACCAAUCUUCUGGGUAGACAUAGGGACAUGUUGCUCGUUCUUCAUCAAGCACAUCUUAUCCUUGGUGAUAUUGGUCAUCAACAGGAAAACCAAGAAGAAGAAGAUAGUAAUUAUGCAGCUGCUGAUGCCGAUAGAGCUAAGUAUCUGAGUCACGCUAUAGAAAUAUACAACAAGCGUGUUGACGCUCUGAGUGCAAACUUAAAGCGCAGGAUUGAGCCCAAGAAGAAUGAUCUGCAUAUUAAUUAUGUUGGCAACACGGAACUGGGUUUGGACCCAAGUAAGGUUGAGAAUGCCAGACCUUCGGGUGAGAAGAAGAAAGAGAAGCCGAAGAAGUACGCCGAGGUACAGGAAGAUGAAGGCGAAGAUGAAGUUGAGGUAGACCCAGAAGAGAAAGUUACGACGACUUUGCUAGAUUUGGACAUUCUCAUUACGAAACUCAACGAGUCAACGAAAUUCAUCCUUGACAAACGCCAAAAGGUCCUCGAAGGGGUGCUGAAGUCUAUUGACAAAGUAGAAGCAAGUACUGAAGCGUAUGGAGAAGAUGCGGAAUUACAAGCCAAUCUUGAAAUAUACCUUGAGGCAUUUGAAUCAUCAAUCAAGGAUAGGAGAGAAGUUCUUGGAUUGGUAGAUGUGUCCGACGACACCGGUAAAGGCGGUAAGCGUCGUGCGAAUGCGAACGCAAAGGCUAGGGAACAGCUCCUGCUCGAGAACGCGAUUGAAGUGGAACAAGACCAGCACAUUGACACCGAGCAGGACAUUCUCCGUCGUCAGCUGCAAUUCGAGCGACAAGGAAUGCGUAUCACGAAGAAAGACCAAUCGUUCCGAAAGCUCACAUCAGAGCUCAAGACAUGGUCGACUAGGAUCCCAAAGCGAAAUAUCAAAGCUUUUAAAGAAUUACAAUCGAACUUGCAUGAUGUGUACGACAAACAACGCGAUCUAACUCGCACACUCAAUCUGGAAAAGGAUGAUUUCUUGGGCACAUUCAAUUCGAGGGUCUUAUAUUUCAAGCAGCUGCAAACGCUCAGUGACUCUGUCGCGCCGCUCGACGUCGAAUCACAGGAAGAGGGCGGAAAGAAUAUCCCUCAAGAGAUAGAAGAAAGUGAGCGUUUGGAGGCUGUCUCGACCAGGGGUAUACAGAGCAACCGGGCGAAACUGAAUUACCUAUAUCACAUAAGAAAUGCCUCCGAUGAGUCGAGCAAUGAGUGUGCGAUAUGUACGAUGUCGUUUACGAAUGGUGUCAUUACAUCAUGUGGGCAUAUUUUCUGUCAAUCGUGUCUCAACAGGUGGUGUCAGUCUAGACCUGAGUGUCCUCACUGUCGGACACACCUCUCAUCAUCAUCCCUACACAAAAUUAAAGUUAAUAAGCCUUCAGAUAGUAAAGCGGAAGCUAAAUCUGAAAUCGGAGAUGACCCUGGUGGAAAUAUAGUUGAGAAUACCGUCGAUAAGCGUAUUAGGCCUCAGUACAACGUCAUUUCAUCUGAGGAGAUGGACGAUAUAGAAGAGCAGAAGAUAUUUACAGGCGGACAUGGUGUUAAGAUUGACACCCUUUGUAAGCACAUACUUACACUUCGCGCACAAAACGUAAAAUCUGUCGUUUUCUCAUCCUGGCAGAGUGGAAUGCAGAUUGUUCAGCGCGCUUUUGAAAAGAACGAUAUUGCAUAUACACUAGGAAGUGAUGUCAAGAAGCUGGAGAGUUUCAAAAAGACGAAUGAUGUCGAUGUCGUUCUACUCAAUGGCGAGCGCCAGUCUAGUGGACUCAAUUUGACAGUCGCAUCUGUUGUCAUCUUCAUCGAUCCAAUCGCGAAUUUCCCACUCGAAUUGCAGGCCAUUGGCAGAGUAGAUCGCAUGGGACAACACCAAUCUGUCAAAGUCUACACUUAUACAUCCUUAGAUACGAUCGAUGAUGCCAUACUCGAUCUUGCGGCUUUGAAAGGUCAGUCGCUGUAUGUUAAAGAUCAAGACAGUGCAUCUCUAUCGACGAAUGAUAUGGAGAGUCUUGAGAAAGCUCAAACAAAAGGUGACUUUAUCGCAAAGAAGGACGACCUACUGUCACUUCUUCUACCUGACGUUCACAUUCCUUCCUUCACGCCAUCUGCCAAAUCAAGAUCUGAAAGCGCAACAGCCAGUGCAUUUGAUAGCGGUAGCAAUGUGAAGAUUGAAGAAGUCGAUAUGUAAAAUAAACACACUGACUGUAUUGUAUUUAUCAUUAUAUAUUUGUUGUAUACAUAUAAAGUUAUC